AGGCUGAUGACGGCGGGCGGGGCGGCGGUUGGUUGUUGCCGGGAGACGGCUGGCGGGAGCGGCGCGGGCACCGGGGCGGCGGGAACGGGGAGACAGCGGCCCGGAGCCGCCGCCAUGACCCAGCAGGGGGCCGCGCUGCAGACAUACAACAACGAACUGGUCAAAUGUAUCGAGGAUUUGUGCACAAAGAGAGAAGAGCUGAACCAGCACAUUCUCCAGGAAGAAGAGCAGAAGAACAAGUUGCAGAAUGACAUCCGCAUUUUGACAGAGAAACUUGCAAAGGUGAAUGAGAGCCUGGCGCGCAAGAUGGCCACCCGAAAUGAAUUUGAUAGAACUAUUGCAGAGACUGAAGCUGCUUAUAUGAAGAUCCUGGAAAGCUCACAGACGCUGCUGACUGUCCUGAAACGGGAAGCUGGAACUCUGAAUCAGGUCAAGGAGAACAGAGAUGAAUAGGACUCCUGAUUUUCUGCAAUCAGCUUCAAUUAUAACAGUGUGAAAUGUCCUCAACAGAUGCCUAACAGAAGAUAACUGAUGUACAGUUUCAAAUAACACCUUUAUCAGGGAUUUUUGAUUGCUUAAGAAAGUACGAGUUUGUUGUGUUGUUUUGCAAUAAAGUUUAUAGAUAUGGAAA